AUGUGUUUAGAUCUCGAGAUUUUCGACUUACCGGUACCGAUUGCUAUUGGCGUCGUUGUCGCCUGGAUAUUCAUUUGCUCAGCGACUUUUUGUAUUUGGGAGAGCGAAUGGGACUAUUUUGUGGCUUUCUACUUUUUCUUUAUUUCCCUGUCGACAAUCGGUUUAGGUGAUAUCACUCCGACCCAACCGCGUUACCUCUUGAUGCUUUUUAUCUACAUCAUUAUUGGUCUUUCACUAGUUUCCAUGUGUAUCAAUUUGAUUCAGGCUAAACUUGAGCGAACUUAUGAAGCCGGUCGUAAACGUCAUCAUCCACAUUUUGAUCGGGAAGGCGGCCUUCUUUUAGAUGCCGGUAGAGUGGGCGAUGAACGACAUUUAACGAGAAGAGGAAGUGCUUUAGGAGUCUUUCGCACAUCAAGCUCCGUGAAUUCAAUGUCACGAGACGCCGUGCAGACGGCUCUUCAUGGAAAGAAGCGUUACAAUAAGACUUGCCAAACCGUUCUUUCAUUUCCAUCACCGACGAAAGGAUCUCUCGGGAUCACGAGAAGCAUACGAAAUGCAGGGAUGAAAUUCCUCCCCCGGUCUCUGUCUAUCGAUGACGUGAUGAAGCUUGUCGACACCGAGGAAGGUGACAUUUUGAUAUUAACCGAAUUGGUGCGCGAAGAAUCGGGAAUCAGCACAACAAGCAACACAAUAAGUGAUAUUAGUGGAAGUCAAAUCGUCAUAUCAAAGUCAUUUGAUGCUAAUUUCUCGACAAGUCGAGUGAUUAACGAUGUAAAACCCUCACAUCCAUCUUUGCAUGACAUUGAGGCACUAGAGGAGAUGGAAGAUCGCAUAGCGCUGAGUCAUGCAAAUCAAAUAGCAUCAACAGUGCAAUUUCGAUCAAGGUUAUCACUAAUUGCUGAGCAAAGUUCAGCCAUUGAAGAGAGUGAUGAAAGUGCUGUGAACUCGUCGAUCGAAAAAGAUCCCUUAUCCCCAAACUCAAACACCGAACCCUCUCCACCAUCCAGACGACGACCACUUGAGGCACGAAAAGCGGCUCUCAGCAACAUUUUAAAACGUAAGAGCUCGAAAGAAGGCUCCAAAAAUAGUGACCGACCAGGAACCUCGAAAAAC